AUGGCUGCUACCAUACCGCAACAUCUCCAGAUCAUUAACCCCUCGUACCCCGCCGACGGCGGCGGCCCUGCGUUCAGUCGCUUCUCCCAACUUCCCCCAGAGCUACGGCUGCGUAUUUGGAAUUUGUCGUUGGAGGACCACCGCCGCUGGCUAGAGAUCGAUAUUCCCGGGCCUCCUCCCGUCCUGUACGCCUCUGCACCCACCGCAGACGCCCCUGAGAUCCCGGGUUACUCGACACGCAACCAGCUCGGCAACGUGAUCAGCGGUCGCAACUACAUGGCCAGCAUCGGAGGCCUGCAGCUCCACAGCAAACUGCUGCGCACCAGCCGCGAGGCCCGAGAGGUGGCCCUAAGAUUCUACCGCGUCCAUAUUCCAUUGCACUUCCGCGCCACUGCUUUUAUGGAUCCGCCCGUGGCAAGGGGCACGUUGUACCUCAGUCCUGAGUGCGAUAUCAUCGAACUCCACUCUUUGGGCGGUUGCAGAAACGCAGCUUACCAACAUCCGUUCCUGGACUUCAUGCACGAUCUGAAAGCUUACGACCCGCAAGGGAUUGGGAUCUGCAAUUUGGCGUUGGGCGUUGGCGGAAUUAGGAGCCUCCGCUCCCUCAGGAAGCAGAAUCCAGCAGAGGCUCCCGCGGCGGCUGCAUUCGUCGACUGCGUUUCGCGGCUGCAAACCAUCACCUGGAUGGCUGAUUCUAGCCGUGUACGGACUACCGGCGUUCGUUUCAACCGUUCCGUGCCUAUCAGAGGCGCCAGCCCCCGAUUCCAUGUCGUCGGACGAGACCCUCGCCCGGUCGCCCCGGACUUAAAAUACGUCGCGACUGCCACCAGCCGCGACCCUCGGCAAAUGCAUACCUGGUGGCAGGAAGUGCUAGAUAGGUGGGAAAUCCGCCAAGUCCGGCCGACCAAGGAGCGGGUCCUUUUAGCUGACAGGCCAGAUUUGCCCUAUGCAGAAUGUGAUGUAUGGGAUGCUAAAACGGCUGAUGAAUACCUCAAGGAGGAAGAGAACAGCUGGACCGAGGCCCGACUGGGGCAUCAUGUUGCUGUCCGCACUUUCGCUGGAGGAGUACCAGUUGAGGGCUCAAAUGAGCUUGCAAAUGCCACGAGGCCAGCCAUCGGAUUCUGGCUGUUUCCCUUCGAGGCUUUUGGGGAUGAUGGAGAGGGAGUCGUCAGUUGGGGACCGAGUACGGUGUUUGACCUUACCGGUCAUUGGCCAGAAUUGGCGCUGUCACACCUCUCGUGA